CCUAAUUUCAUCAUCUGCCUUCUUAUCGACCUUGUUCCAUCAUCAUCAACCGUUGUCUGGUUCCUCUUGAAAUUUGAUGACCAGCACUAAAUGAGUGUCGCUUGUUUCUGCCAGAGUUUGGCGAUGCGACACCCACAAACCUAAAAAGUAUUUCUACUGAUCUACAGGAGUUUCCCUCUACUCCGAUGUCUACAUCCCCUCGGCAUCGAUGGAUCACCGCGGCUCUUUUUUCUUCUUCCUGGUCGUCUUCUACCUUCUCCUGAGCUCGCAGUCUCGUUCGCCCUUGAUAUCUCAAGAUGGGGAGCACCAGCGGGAACUGGAAAGGGAGCGAAAUGCCCUUCGUAUGCUAAACGAGACUCAAUAUGGAGACUUUGAUCCGCUGGCCGACAAAUGGUUACCUUUUCCAGGCGUCCGCAAAAACGACAGCUAUGCUUGGGACCUUCUGCCUGAUGUUCAGGCCAGAGCCCGGUCUCAGCUGCGGUCUGUCAUGGCGGAGGCAGGCCUCCGCCCUCCCAAAUCCCUUGCAGUGCCUGACGCACUACCUGAUCUCAACUUAACGCAACUCGUUCUUCCUGUGUAUCGCAAUGCGACAGGGAAAUUGCGCGGCGAAUGGGUGCGACGCAAGCAGGACAAGCCGCAUGCCCCUCUCAACAAGACUGCUAUCAUCCAAGAAAAUGAGUACUUCACGCAUGAAUUCAGCCAGAAUGUCACUGGCAACAGUGGCACAUUCUAUCUGGAUGUACGUGAAGGGGGUGGACAGGAGCUUCGGUCGCCUCAAGGCCACGUUCGGGAGAUUCGGGCCACGUUGACUGUGGAAAGUGGCGAGUUUUGGGGAAACACUUGGUAUCUCUCACUGAUCGGUAUACACUUUCCGGAGACUGGCGGGAUUAUCCUAAGCACCAUGAGCGAGAAGUUCGGGGGCCUCCUCACUUUGCCACAUCUCUCCCUUUCGCCGGAUGCAUAUAACCUCACCCAUGAACUUCUCAUCAAGUCCUUGUCGGAUACCAUAUCCGAGAAGCAGAAUCGACCUCCUACCCUUUUCCCCUGGUCCUCUUUGGCCGGCAGUGAGCACAUGGAGUUUCCUGCGCCGAGGUGUGAACACAUAGUUUACCUCCAACAGCAUCCACUUACAAUUCAUGGUUACCUAGCGGACAAGGUAGUGAUUGAGCAGAUCGAGCAGGAGCUGAGAUAUCCCAUUGGUGCACCGAUCCCAACACCUCCUUUGAUGGUCAUGUCAGCCGUCGUGUUCUCUCCUGAUUGUGGAUACAUCUUAGAAACCAAAGGAGCACCUGAAUUCCCUCCCACGGAGACAUUGUAUCUAUCAGGUCCAAAGAUAGAAGAGUUCGGAAAGUACUCGGCUCGCAUGAUCUUCGUCAUGUCGGCGGUCUCCGUUGGUCAGAUCGCGCUGCUGUUGAGACAAGUGAAGGAAGCCUCCACGCCGUCGACUAGAAGCCGUAUCAGUUUCUACACGAUCGCCUUGAUGGCAUUCGGGGAUUCGUUCGUGCUGGUCUUCAUUCUACUGGAGUUAUACCCGGUGGUAUCAUUCCUGGUCAUGACAUCCGCAUCUUUCCUCACCUUCCUCUCGGUCAGCUACAUUGGGAUGAAGUUUAUGAUGGAAAUCUGGACUAUCCAAGCGCCAGAACGACGGGAGCAGGAGCGGCGAGCUCCCUCUAACACGCGGCCCACGAAUCUGCCCCUUCCUGCUACGGCAGCCCAGGUCAGAGACUCGGGCGCAACCCCGAUUAUACUGCCUCCGGACCAAGAUGCCCCUGCUGAUGAAGAUGCGCCGGCCGCGAACCGUGGCACUACACCGACAGCGCGGGACGCUCGAAGUGACGUGGGAGCCAUGUAUGCGCGAUUCUACUUCAUUCUUUUUGUGAUGCUUAUUAUCUCUAUCUGGUCCUUCCUUUGGCCGAACCGACUCGGCGCAAUAUAUGCUCGAGUGCUCGGGUUCAUCUAUCUUUCCUUCUGGACGCCCCAGAUUUAUCGUAACAUCAUGCGCAACUGUCGCAAGGCACUGCGAUGGGAUUUUGUGAUCGGACAGAGCUGCCUCCGACUGUUUCCAUUCCUCUACUUCCUAACAGCUCGUGGAAACGUGCUCUUCAUCCGACCCGAUGCGACGACAGCCCUCGCCUUGAUAGGCUGGGUCUGGAUCCAAGUCUGGAUCCUGGCGAGUCAGGACAUUCUGGGCCCGCGCUUUUUCGUUCCGCGCGGAUGGGCACCCCCGGCCUACGACUACCAUCCGACUCUCCGCGAUACUACCGGGGCAGGCGACGAUCUGGAGUCUGGUGGGGUUUUGCCCAUUGGGGCGCUGCGGGCCGAUGAACGUGAAUACCCCAGCGAGUCCAAGGACGACGACAAGCAUCGACCCAGAGACAGAAAGAAGGCGGUGUUCGACUGCGCCAUCUGCAUGCAGGAGAUCGAGGUGCCCGUUCUCGUGUCGGGCGGAGCGGGCGGUAGUAGCAUGGCCGACGGAGCGACGAGCAUCCUCAGCCGGCGCACCUACAUGGUCACCCCCUGUCGCCAUAUAUUCCACAGCACGUGCCUCGAAAGCUGGAUGCGCCUUCGUCUCCAGUGUCCGAUCUGCCGAGAGUCUAUACCUCCGGUGUAGUCGCGUGUAUUCUGCCGUUUGUGUCUCGGCAUGUACCUUACUUAUGAUAGACGCCCGACAUGGUAACUGGGUUUAAGAUGAGCUCCGCCUCGCACCAAGUGACCUCUGAACACAGGAAGAAAAUAGAAAACCAAUAA